GUUAGGGGAGGAGGAGGAGGCCCGGCCCGGCCCCGCCGCCUCCUGAUUGACUCCCAACUUUCCGCUCCUCCCUCGCAUAAACUUUCCCGUCGCUGCGCCUGGCUCCGUGCGCGGUCCCGGGAGCCCGCCGCGCUCCCCGCAUUCCUGCCGCCCGCCCCGGCCCGGCCCGGCCCCGGCCCCGCUCCGGCCCCGGCCCCGCUCCCGGCACCCGCGGCCGGCCCAGCCCCUCCGGAGCACGGAGCAGGGCUGGCGCAGGCGGCACGGAGCCGGUGCGAGGCUGAGCUGCUCUCUGCUGAUCCUGCCCAGGCUUGUCGUGAACUUUUAUCCUUUUGCCGUGGGGUCUGGGUGCAGGGGGGAGGGAGAAGGGCUGGAUUGCUCUGGGCCCCCUGCAUGGGGAGGCAGGAUGGAGCCAGGAUGCAGCUGGACCCCCCCCUCCCUGUCUUUGCAGGGUUCUUUGCCUCCACAGUGUCCCCAGCACCUUUGCAGAGUCUUUUUGUCCCAAUGUCUCCUGCCACAGGCUGGGAGAACCCCAGCAGGUUGUCGUGUAUCCGUGGGGGCUCAGGGUCGGAGCCCAGAGCAGCCAGCACCAUAGCGUCCAACAGCUGGAACGCCAGCGGCAGCCCUGGGGAGGGGCGGGAAGAUGGCCAGGACGGCAUGGACAAGAGUCUGGACAAUGAUGCCGAGGGUGUGUGGAGUCCAGACAUCGAGCAGAGCUUCCAGGAGGCGCUGGCGAUCUACCCACCCUGCGGCCGGAGGAAAAUCAUCCUCUCAGAUGAGGGCAAGAUGUACGGUCGUAACGAGCUGAUCGCCCGCUACAUCAAGCUGCGAACGGGGAAGACACGGACGAGGAAGCAGGUGUCCAGCCACAUACAGGUUCUAGCUCGGAAGAAGGUGCGGGAGUACCAGGUUGGCAUCAAGGUCUCUAGCCACUUGCAGGUUCUUGCCCGACGGAAAUCUCGUGAGAUUCAGUCCAAGCUGAAGGCCAUGAACUUGGACCAGGUCUCGAAGGAUAAGGCUCUGCAGAGCAUGGCUUCCAUGUCCUCGGCGCAGAUUGUGUCGGCCAGCGUCCUGCAGAACAAGCUCAGCCCCCCUCCUCCUCUUCCUCAGGCUGUCUUCUCUGCUGCCCCCAGGUUUUGGAGUGGGCCUAUCCCAGGACAGCCUGGACCCUCUCAGGACAUUAAACCGUUUGCACAACCAGCUUACCCCAUCCAGCCACCCAUGCCUCCAUCACUAGCCAGUUACGAGCCCUUGGCUCCGCUCCCGCCAGCUGCCUCGGCCGUGCCGGUCUGGCAGGACCGCACCAUCGCCUCCGCCAAGCUGCGGCUCCUCGAGUACUCCGCCUUCAUGGAGGUGCCCCGGGAUGCCGAAACGUACAGCAAACACCUCUUCGUGCACAUCGGCCAGACGAACCCCUCGUACAGUGACCCGCUGCUGGAGGCCGUGGACAUCCGCCAGAUCUACGACAAGUUCCCCGAGAAGAAAGGUGGCCUCAAGGAGCUCUAUGAGCGUGGGCCCCAGAACUCCUUCUUUCUCGUCAAGUUUUGGGCGGAUCUGAACAGCACGAUCCAGGACGGGCCAGGGACCUUCUAUGGCGUCAGCAGCCAGUACAGCAGCGCAGAGAACAUGACCAUCACAGUCUCCACCAAGGUGUGCUCCUUUGGGAAGCAGGUCGUGGAGAAGGUGGAGACGGAGUACGCACGGCUGGAGAACAGCCGCUUCGUCUACCGCAUCCACCGCUCCCCCAUGUGCGAGUACAUGAUCAACUUCAUCCACAAACUCAAGCACCUCCCCGAGAAGUACAUGAUGAACAGUGUCCUGGAGAAUUUCACCAUCCUGCAGGUUGUUACCAACAGGGAUACCCAGGAAACUUUGCUCUGCAUUGCCUUUGUUUUCGAGGUCUCCACCAGCGAGCACGGCGCCCAGCACCACGUGUACAAGUUGGUCAAGGACUAGGGGCCCUUGGGGACAGGCAGGGGCACGAGGGGCGUGCAGGGGAGGGAAGGGGCCGUGCAGAAAAGCCACCCGUGCCUGUUGCCUUGUGAGAAGUCAUUUGAAGACAGGAGGAGAAGGAGGAGGAAGAACAACAAUAGCCAAAAAAGACUGACUUGUGAUCACAAACGUUUUCUACUUAGGAACAGUUUCUUUUUUUUU